GCAGAUCUGACAGUGAUGGGUUGACAUGACACGUAACUUUACUGUCAAAAACAGCCAGCAACAACACUUUAAACUAAACGCCAAGAGACCACGGAAAGGAUCUCUGUCAUGUCUCUGUUAUUUCUGCUAAGAUGACAGUAAACGGAGAGCAAAUGGAGAGUUUUGCCUAAAUGUCAUCUGUCUUUCAAUUUGAAGAGAAACGUGAAGUUGACCCCUCAUUGAAACAACAGAUGAGAUUUUGGUCUGGCACGAGUGCCAGAGAGGUUUCUUCACAUCCGGGUCGACGUGUUGCCGUGACAGAUGGGUCCGAGUGAAAUCCUCUUAAGAACUUUCUGCUGAUGGAGGUUCAUUCAGGAAAGCUUCAGAGCUUCUGGUCAUCACUCCUGCACGGCUUCUCUCUUACUCUCAUAUAAACAGCAUGUCUGCAGAAAAGAAGCCCAAGAAGAAGAAGCCCGAGUCUUCUCCGGCAGAGUCUAACGGAACUGAAGCCAAACCCAAAAAGACCAAACCCAAGAAGAGCAGAGAUCUGUCGUCUGAGAACAGUCCUGUCACUCAAAAUGGAGAGAAAGUGACGAAGAAGAAACUACAGAAAGAGAAAGAAUCACCAGACAAAGAGUCCAACACGAAACCUAAAAGUGCCACAAAGAAGAAGAAGAGUUCUACAGACGACGACGAUGAUGAAGAGGAAGAUGAAGUGAUGCAGAAAAAGACAAAGAAAAAGUCUUCAAAGGAAAAUGCUGAUGGGAAAGAAAAAGAAAAGGAAAAAGACAAGAAGACCAAAUCUAAAGAUGUCAAAGAGGACACAGACGCUAAAAGCAAAUCUAAAGCAAAGAAGAAAGAGCCGGCCUCCAUGUUUCAGAUAAAUGGAGACAAGCCAGACACCAAGAGUAAGAAGAAGGCGGUUAAAUCUGAGAGUGAAGAUGAGAGCGAGCCCCAAACCAAACCCAGCAAAACGAAGAAGAAGACCAGCGGCUCCAACGCAGCGUCCAUGUUUCAGGCCGCAGCAGAGAAAGACAAAGACAAAAAGACGAAGAAGGCUAAAGGUCCUGCUAAAGAGGAAAGUGAAGAUUCUGAUUCAGAAGUGACACAAAAGAAGAAAAAAGGGAAAGGAAAAAAGACCAAGAAGGAGGAGAGAGCCCCGUCUCCACCCAUCCAGUUUGACAAUCUGGAGGAGUUUGUACUUCAGCCGGCACCACAGGGUGUCACAGUGACGUGUAGAAUGACCCGUGACAAGAGAGGAAUGGACCGAGGCCUUUAUCCAACAUAUUACCUGCACCUGGACAAUGACAAGAAAGUGUUUUUGUUAGCGGGAAGAAAGCGAAAGAAAAGCACGACCUCAAACUAUCUGAUCUCUAUAGACCCCACUGAUCUGUCCAGAGGAGGAGAAAACUUCAUAGGGAAGCUGAGGUCCAAUCUAAUGGGAACUAAAUUCACAGUGUUUGAUAACGCUCUUCAUCCGGACAGAGCUCUUCCAGACAUGUCCAACGCACGUCAGGAGUUAGCAGCCAUCAUCUACGAAACAAAUGUUUUGGGCAUGAAAGGUCCGAGGAGAAUGAUUAUCGUUGUUCCAGGCAUGACUAAAGACGGCGAGCGGGCGCCUAUACGACCACGGAGUGAUAACGACGGCCUCCUCACGAAACAUCAGAACAGAAACAUGGAGAAUCUGAUCGAGCUGCGCAAUAAGACGCCAGUGUGGAACGAAGAGACGGCGUCACAUGUCUUAAACUUCAACGGCAGAGUCACGCAAGCAUCCAUCAAAAACUUCCAGAUUGUCCAUAACAAAGACCGUAAGAUUGUCACAAUGCACAACUGCAUUGUGAUGCAGUUUGGCAGAGUGGCAGAUGACGCUUUUACUCUGGACUACAGAUAUCCUCUGUGUGCCGUACAGGCCUUCGCCAUCGCUCUCUCCAGCUUUGAUGGCAAAAUCGCCUGCGAGUAACCCCUGUUGAAAAAAACAGCAUAUGCUGUGUUAGGCAUGUUUUGAUGCUGGUUUGACCAGCUAAGGACCACAGCACAUGACCAGCUAAGGACCAGCUUAAACCAGCACAUGACCAUCUUAAACCAGCACAUGGCCAUCUUAAACCAGCUAAGGACCAGUUUAAACCAGC